AUGCCGUUUCGUAUUGUUAUUGUCGGUGGCGGUAUCGCUGGUUUCACUGCGGCGAUUGCUCUGCGCGGACCGGACAGAAUCAUCACAGUUCUGGAGCAGUCAAGAUUGAACAAAGAGAUUGGAGCACUGAUUUCUCUCCAGCCCAAUGCGUCACGAAUUGCUGAGAGUGUUUGGGGGUUGAAAAGCGAGUUGCAUGGCGAUGCCCGAGCGAUCGUAGAUGAGGGAUUUCGUAUUUACAACACCGACGGCCGGCGAGAUCUUCACGAUACUCUGAAAAAAGCAGCAACGUCUCCCGAUCGCGAAGGAGACCCGGUAGUCGUUCGUACUGCUUCCAAAGUAGUUGACUGCGAUACGUUGAAAGGAACAGUCACUCUAGAAAGUGGUGAAGUUGUUACCGGUGACUUGAUUGUUGGAGCAGAUGGAAUACAUAGCGCAAUGCGAAAGUAUGUCCUUGAUACUGAGCCGUCGGCUCUACCAACAGGUCAUUCCGCAUAUCGUCUUAUGAUCCCCAGCGAGGUCCUGGAAAAAGAAGCGCCUGAGUUUUGCUCCAAGAUCAACCCUCGCGAUCCUUUCACCUCCAUGAUGGUUGCCCAGAACUGUCGUCUUGUCAUGGGUCCAGGUAGGCAGGGAGAGGUCUAUGGAAUUGUGGCUUUGGUCCCAGAUGAACAAAUGAAUGAGGAUCCAAAUGCAAAGCAAUCUUGGGUUGCCGAGGGCGACUUGUCAAAGAUGCUUGCGACAUUUUCUGAGUACCCGUCGCAUUCUCAAGAUCUUGGACUGUGGCAGCUUCGUGACUUGGAUCCUCUCGAUAAAUGGCAUAAUGGCCGUUUGAUUCUUAUUGGUGAUGCUGCCCAUGCAAUGUUGCCCACUCAGGGGCAGGGCGCCAGUCAGGCGAUUGAGGACGCAGAGGCACUGGGCUCGUUCUUUGAAAACAUUACCAAUUCCCCAUCCUCUGAAAGUAUUUCUAAGAUCUUCGAAGAAAUUGUCCAGGCACGUUAUUCACGAGUCAGUCUCAUUCAAGCAUACAGUCGACAGGCGGCCAAGCCUGCUACUGCCACUGACGACACCAAGAAAGUGACCAUGAAGCCUGAUGAGUUUAUGGAUUAUAAUUGUAUGUACCGCGGGGCGAAGCUGUGGAAGCAGCAGCAGGAGGUAUCUACCGCCGCAUAA